GUAACAGUAAGUGAGUCACACGUGCAUAAAAAAAAGUAAGUGAGUCACACGCGGAUGGUAAGUGCGCGUGUUGUGGUGAGAGCGCACGUUAGUUUCUUCCCCCACCAAUUCGGUGGUGUGCCCCCUUGUCCUAUCCUGUCCACAUCUCAAAAUCCACCGCCCACCACACCACCACCCAAUUAUGUUACCCAACGCCUCCAACCACCAAACCCAAAACCAAUUCAUUCUUCCUCUUCUUUUUUCUCAUCGUCACUCUUUCUCUUCCUCCUUCCAAUGUCUUCCCCUCCUUCAACCACCACCCCUCCUCCUCUCUCCGAUCCCCCCACCGCCGUCCCCCUCCCUCUCGCUCUCCCUGCUCCACUCCCUAUCCCACCCUCCACCCGCCGUCUCCCUCCUCCCUGCUGGUCCCCCGAAGAAACACUAGCUCUCAUCGACUCCUAUCGUGAAAAAUGGUACUCUCUUGGCCGCGGUAAUCUCAAAGCCACUCACUGGCAAGAAGUCGCUGACUCUGUUUCAAAUCGUUGCCCUAACGUUACUCCGGCCAAAACUCCUGUUCAAUGCCGUCACAAGAUGGAGAAGCUUCGGAAACGUUAUCGUACUGAGAUUCAACGUGCUCGCUCGCUUCCUCAUUCGAGAUUCAAUUCAGCGUGGGUUCACUUUAAGCUUAUGGAUUCCAUGGAGAAAGGUCCUUCUCCUGUUAAAUCUGAAAACAAUGAUUCUGAUAGUGCUGAUGAUGAUGAAGAUGAAGAUCAUGAGCAAGAUCUGUAUUUAGAUAUCAAAAACGGUCAUGGAUCUAAUACUAGAAGUAUCAAUAAGUUGUAUAAGAACGGUUUUGGUGGCGGAAUAGGUGGUGGUUUUAGUGGUGGUGGUGGUGGUGGUGUUGUUGGUGGAGGAUUUAGGAUUAGGUAUCCACCGGCACAACCUGAAUCCAAAUUUUCUUCUGAUCAGAAAUAUAACCCUAAUCCUAAUCUGAAUCAGAACUAUCAUACUCCACCGAUGGCAACGGGGACGAAGGGAUUGGGGAACAAGAGGGAAAGAGAUCCAUUGACUGAGGUUGUAUCUGCAAUUAAAUUGUUGGGUGAUGGGUUUGUGAGAAUGGAGCAAAAGAAGAUGGAAAUGGCUAGGGAAAUUGAAACUAUGAGGAUGGAGAUGGAAAUGAAGCGUACUGAGAUGAUUCUUGAAUCUCAACAGCGAAUUGUAGAGGCAUUCGCCAAGGCAGUUUCCGACGAUAGCAAUAACAACAACAACAAGAUGAAACCUAUUAAUAAGAGAAUUCCAUCACCACAACAACCAUAAUGUUCAACACUCCUCAAUGGAGUUGGAACUGUUUGCUCUAGUAAGUUACAAUAUUUAAGUUUAAGCUUUUAUUGAUUUUUGUUUUGUUGCCACUUUUUUGUAAUUUGAAGUUAAGAUACAGAAAUGUGCAACUUGAUCUGUUUUAGGUUGAACAUUGGUGAAUCAUGAAUGUAACUUUAGAUUUUCAGUUUCUGCUCAUGAUUUUCAUGCUGUCUUUCAUAUGUUUUUUACUGAAAUCUGAGAACAAAUUCAGAUGCCA